UUAAAGAUGUUUGUUUGAAUCUGUGAAUCUCUGUGUGUGGAACUCUGUGAACAAGGUUUUCGAAUUUUAAGGCACCAAACACCAAAUCACUCACAAAAUUAAACAAACAAACAAAAAACCAAACUACGAAGCCAGAUCUACCAUGGUCAUCAACGACAGACCUUCCAAGCGCGCCAGGAGGAGGGUCACCGCCGAUCUCCCCGACUUUUUCACCUUCCCCUUCCCCCAAAACCACGAGGUCGAGCCCCUGCCCUUCCGCGACAGCGUUCGCCGCUUCCUCAUACGCCACGCGCAUGUCACGUGCCCAUCCUCCUCGCUGUUCCCUUCCCUGGUGACGUCGCAGAUCUCGCUCCGGCUCGGGCAUCCGGGCGACCCGACCGCCGUGCUUCCCUUGGACGUGGUGGAGGAGGACGUCACCCGCUCCAGACGAUCCGUCUACUGCGACCAGUGCCGAGUCGUUGGUUGGAGUGGGCAUCCGGUGUGCAAGAAGCGGUACCACUUCAUAAUAAGAAGAGGGGCUGAGAGCGGUGAGAAUGAACAGAUGCAGAGCAGCGGCGGCAGCAAGUGGUGCAACUCUAUUAGUGCCACCACCACGACGGCAGAAAUGGAUGCUGUGGAAGAGUGGGCGUAUAUUCAGCUUCAUGACAACACCCACCUCCUCCACGCCGUCAUUCACUCCAAUGGCUUCGCCCACCUUCUCACCCUCAACGGUAGACAAGGCGGCUCAGCCAUUCUCUCUGGCCGUCAUAUUUUGGACUUUUGGGAUAGGCUAUGUCUAGCCCUCUCCGUCAGGAAGGUUAGCGUGAUGGAUCUGUCCAAGAAGUACGGGAUGGAGUACCGAAUGCUGCACGCUGUCACCAGCGGCCGUUCUUGGUAUGGCAAUUGGGGUUAUGAAUUUGGUGCUGGGAGCUAUGCUCUCACUCAACAUUCUUACCAAAAGGCAGUGGAUACCCUGUCCAGCUUGCCUCUUGACCCUUUUCUAUUCCAACCAAGGAAACCCCGGACUCGCCUCCAGUCUGUUAUUGCCUUUUACCAAUCUUUAUCCAAUAUCCAACUCCUAACAAUCAAGGAUCUUUUUACGUUUAUGUUGAGUCUCAGCCAUAGAGCCCGUGUGCAUACAUCAUCUAACAAGAAACCCGAGCAGCAGUACCCUUCCAAUGCUUUAUGUGCGUGGACGGUCAAUGAUGUCGAACAAGUGCAGCAAGCUAUGAUCAAGCUGCUGCUUGCAGCAGUUGGUACUGGUGGGGUUAGCUGGGUGUCAAAACGAGCUCUCAGGGGUGCAUUGUACAAGAAUUCCUCUCUGGAGCUUCUUGAUUACUGCCUUAAACACCUAGGAGGGAAGUUGGCACCCAAUGGUAUGGUAGUUAAGGCCCGAUUUAGUCCCGCUUCAGUUGACGUAGAAUACAGGCUUGAGUCAUCAAGUGUUCAAAAUGUUGAUGGAUCUGAGUCGGAUUUGAAUUUUCCCUCAGAAGAGCAAAUCCUUUGUGACCUCAAAUUUUUAUAUGAUUCCAUUCUCCACCCUGACACCAUGCUAAGUCAUACACCCCAAGUGAUGAGGGAACGCAUUAUCGAUGCAGCAACUAAGCUUCUUGAUUGCAAGCAAUUCGUGAAGGACUAUAAGCCUUACAAAAUGGCAGAGGAAAGCUCCUUUGGGAUUCACCUCUGGUGUCAUGUAGCGCUUUCAGACGAGUCCAAAGAUGAUUUUGUCCUGCCUCCGGAACUCAUUGUCUUGCCCUUGAGUGCGACAGUCGCUGACCUUAAAAGGGAAGCCACCACAGCAUUUCAGGAAGUAUAUGCCAUGUUUAAGAGGUUUGAAGUAGAGGAAUUGCUUGGAUAUGGCUCCAUAAAGGAUUCAUUUACAGUAAAACUUCUGCUUGGAUCAUGUGGCUCAACCAUUGAAGGGAGAUGCCUUGCUAAACAUGGGCUGAACCGUUUCCGGAUGGAGAGAGGAAUUGAAAGCUGGACCGUUGAUUGCACAUGUGGGGCCAAGGAUGACGACGGGGAGAGGAUGUUGGCUUGUGAUACAUGUGGUGUUUGGCAGCACACCAGGUGUGCCGGGAUUCAUAGCUCUGAUGAGAUGCCUGCAAAGUUUGUUUGCAUGAGAUGCGUGAGCCAAGAAAGCCCAAAACACCCAUGAACAAGCCAAGGGAGUUAGCAAGAGUGUUUCUUUCUCCAACUCGGCUUGCGGAGCAAAGCACCUGACGGUCCCAGCGUGGCAUCUGACGUGAACAUGGCAUUCGGUGUUGGUUGAUUUGUAAUUGUAACCUUCUGUACAGUUAACAUUCGCUAGUUUUUGGAUGGGGGCAGGUUUUUUGUCGUCUUAGCAGUUCCUUGCAUGGCAGUUCCUUGUGAACUUGCCUCAUCGUGAACCUUUUAUUGAGAAAAUUUCUCUGUAAAUAGCUGAAUGGAGAAAGAAAAGGCUAUUUAUUCA